AGCUCAAUAAAUGCAUUGCGUAUUUGAGAAGUUGUCAAAAUACAGUUUUCACUCUUGUUCCAAUAAUACUCUAGCCUCUGGAAUACUCAGCCACAUACGGCAACGGGAACGGCUUUGAGAAAAGCCCACUUUUAGUCUUUUACCCCUGCAUCUGACGAUUCACAGCACUCUGCCACUCUCCAAAGAACGGGGCUACCGGAAUUCAAAUCUUAGUGCUCGACCAUGUGUCAAUACUUCAGACGAUUCACUCUGCUCACAACCUAAUUUGACGAGCUCAACACGACUUGCUAAGAAUCAUUCUUACCCAGGGUGCUCACUGUUUGUCUGCCAGCCAGAAUCAAGCAACCUUGGAUUCUCCACGCGACCCCCGCGACAUCGACCUGGCGGUGGGAAGAGCAACAUGCCCGAGAGCGAGGCUACCACCGCCAGCACAGAAAAGCCUGCUGCGGUGGGGAAGAGUGGUGGCGAUGUAGCACAGGUUACGGUUGCCAUCCAGGAGCCCGUGGAGCUGGACGAUUUCGGGCUGCCGAUCAAGAAGCAACCGAUUCCGGUACCGACGGAGGCAGAUUCGAGCGACGAGGAUGAAUUGAAGGAAGGAGAAAAACAUUCAGAGAAGGGGGACGUAAAAGAGGCAGAAGAGGGAGCUAAUGGGCAUAUUGAGGGUGCGACCGUUCUAUCCGCAAAGACGAAAGCUUCACAAACAAAUAGGCAACAGUCAGAAUCGGACAGUGAAAACGAUGACUUCAAAGAUGCGAGAUCUACACCAAAUACUGGAGCGCAAACCCUUCGAGAGCCUCUGCCGGAAACGAAGCCUGAGCAACAAGCUCCCCCAGCAGCCAUUUCAAAGCUGGAAUUGUACGAGCCAAAGGAGGACAAAAAGAAGUCUGACAUUGCCCCAGACCUCGAAGGCGAAAUGCAGGAAAUGCCAAUUGUCAAGUCCGACUCGAAAGAAUCGGAAACGAAAGGGCCGACCGAUGUUGCAGCUCAAGAUGAAAAGAAAGAGCCUACUCCUAGUGGCCAUACUCGACAGGCGAGCUCCAAAGGGGCGGGUAUUUCAGAGUGGUCUCAUCAGCAACUUGCGCCGAGGGAAGAAGUUAUCCCCGAUAUUGAAGAAGAUGAAUGGCAGACCAUGCCGGCCUUCGCACCAUAUGACAUGUACGAUGAUGAUAAUAAGCUUAUUGCCAGGGAGGUGACGGGUUUUGACGAUGAUAAUGAUGCGUAUGCAGGCUUAGGUGGUGCAGGGAGAGGAUAUACCAGAGUACAAUUGGACGAUGAUGCCCAAUCCGCUACCAGUCUUGACGAAAAUACCAAAUACUUAUUUAAGGAGCCCAAUGGGACUGGGGCUGGCGAAGACGCAGACGACGAUGAGCAACGAGAUGCAUUGUCGCAGAUGCAAGCCACGAAGGAUCUCUUGACAGAAGGGCAGAGAAUUGCAUACGUGGGUAUGACGAGACUUAUACUUUCUAAAAUGUUGGAGCAAGUAGAAGUUGCGCCAACAACGAGGACAGCCAAGAAAGAAACGAGCAUGUCUGUUGAGGCAAUGAAAAUGUGGACUCAAAAGAUGAUGGUUCGAUUGUAUGCACAUAUGGAAAUUAGUACGGAGGAGCAGAUUAUGAUUGAACAACUUUCUGAACAUGGCGUUGUUCCAUCAGACCUCAGCGCCACGCUGAUGCAGAAUGCCCGGGUCAAGAACCCAAUGGCCGAAAACGAAAAACCGCUUCCUACGCCCAGUGUCACCUCUCCUGGGCAUUCUGUGCAUGAAUGGGACAAGAAUUGGGACAAGAGCGCCAGAAAAAUGUCUACCUCUUCCGGCCCUUCAUUGAAGUCACCUCGAGUACCGGAAACUCCUAAGCUGUAUUCGGAAGAGGAAGCUGCUGCACCACCUCCUGCUUACAAGCAGAACGAUGGGGAGGAUCUUCCAGAAGUGCGGACGCCAUCACAGCUUCCAACUACCCAGAAUAUUGACAUCGACCUCAGAUGGACAGUUCUCUGCGAUCUAUUUCUCACCCUAAUUGCUGAUUCCGUUUACGAUGCGCGUUCUAGAGUCCUGCUUGAAAAAGUGGGGGAGAACAUGCAGGUUUCAUGGCUUGAGAUUUGUAGAUUUGAGAAGCGUGUGACAGAUGCGUUGGAAAUGCAACAAUCAGCAGAGAAAGAGAAUUGGAACGAGGACGAACACAAAGAAGCCAGAAGAAAAAUGGCUUUGAAAAAACGUUACAUGAUGAUGGGUCUCGCCACAGUCGGUGGUAGUUUGGUUAUUGGUCUUUCAGCCGGAUUACUCGCUCCUGUCAUUGGAGCUGGUCUUGCCGCUGGGUUCACUACCAUUGGUGUUGCAGGUACUAGCGGGUUCCUUGCUGGUUCUGCUGGAGCAGCAAUAAUCACUUCAGGCGCAGCUGCUUCUGGUGGUGUUAUUGCUGUUCGGGCGGCAAAUCGAAGAACUGGGGCUGUUCAAACCUUUGAAUAUAGACCGCUACAUAAUAAUAAGCGAGUCAACUUAAUUGUCACUGUGUCGGGUUGGAUGACUGGAAAGGUCGAUGAUGUACGCCUUCCAUAUAGUACAGUUGAUCCAAUCAUGGGCGAUAUUUACUCGGUGCUUUGGGAGCCAGAAAUGCUCAGGAGUAUGGGAGAUACCAUCAAUAUCCUUGCGACUGAGGUAAGAUUUGCCCAAGAAAUACGUAAAUGUAUAUUGACACAAUGUAGGCAUUGACCCAGGGUCUCCAACAAGUACUUGGUAGUACCAUAUUGAUCAGUUUGAUGGCGGCUCUGCAACUUCCUGUUGUGUUGACCAAGCUUGCCUACCUUAUUGAUAAUCCCUGGACUGUCUCGCAAGUACGAGCUGAUGCAGCUGGACUUAUUCUUGCUGAUUCCCUUAUUGACCGUAAUUUGGGCACCCGUCCUAUCACAUUUGUGGGUUAUUCUCUUGGCUCCAGAGUUAUCUUUGCGUGCUUAAAGGAACUAUCCAAGCGAGGAGCUUAUGGCCUCGUGCAAAACGUUUUCUUGUUCGGCUCUCCUGUUGUCGCGAAAAAGGAUGAGUAUCUCAGAGCUCGAUCAGUAGUUGCAGGCAGAUUCGUGAAUGGCUAUGCUAAGAAUGAUUGGAUUCUUGGCUAUUUGUUCCGUCUAACGAGUGGUGGUAUUAGUCGAGUGGCCGGUCUUGCUCCUGUCGAGGAGAUUCCAGAACUUGAAAAUAUUGAUGUCACGGAAUUCGUUCCAGGUCAUAUGUCUUAUCGCACAGCGAUGCCGCGACUACUUCGAGAAGUUGGCUUUGUUGUGGAAAGUGACGAGUUUACUGAGAUUGAAGAUCCCGAUCCAGAAAAUCAUUCUCAGCGUCAACGAGAAUUGAUCAACGAGAUUGAAGAGGCACGAAAGGAAUUCGAGAAGCAAGAAAAGGAAAAAGAGUCCAAAGGCAAAUUUGGAUUCUUUAGCCGGAAAAAGAAGGCUGCUGUGAAGAAGCAAGAAUGGGAAACUUAUGAAGAGACCAAGCCCGACCCGGCCAAAUCCGAUUCAGCAACUCCCAAACACACACCUUCAUCUAGUGGCAAUGACGGUAUUCUCUUUGAUGUUGAUGCAAUGCGAGCUGAAUUGGCGACUGAACAGAUGGAAGUCAAGGAACUGAAAUCCACUCUCCCUCCAAUGAAAUUGGACCUAGCAAGUCCAUCUAUCCCAUCAUCCUCCGUCCCUCGACAGACUCUUCGAGAAUCUAAGAUUUACGAGCCGGGAGGAAUGCUCACAGUCGAUGGCUACAGAUCUUCAGCCUCCUUAUCUCCACGAAUUUCUUCCAGUAACGAUUAUGCGGCUUAUGGAAGCUCCGAUUACAAUACAUCUCGUUUAAUCCUCCACCAGACAGGUUUCGGGCAGGAAGAGGAGAUACAAAUGACCUUUGAUGAGCCUUACCAGUCCAAGUCGACAAACUCUUCGAUAAAACACCUUCCUGCUUUGCCUUCUCCUAUGCCAUCACCUAGAUUGCGAGAGACUGAAGUAAACCUCCAACGACCGGAAUUGAAGACCAGUUCCACAACCCCAUCAACAUUACCAUCUAUGAGUUUUGGCCAUAAUGCGUGGGCUGACGAUGACGAAUUUGGAGCCGAGAAGGAGAUUCAGAUGACUUUUGCAUAAUGACAGAUGACAGAUUGUCCAUACUCAUUACCCCUUUUAUCAUUCAUGACGGACAUGAUAAUAAUUAGAUGAUAUUGUUUUUUCUCUCAUUCGUUCCUCUUCUACUGGUUGGAUUUUUACAGGGAGGGCUUUUCUGAAGGAAUUGGUGAUCCCUAUCGGUUGGGUCUUUGGAACGAGUUUUUCAUUUUUCUUUCUUUACGGAUUCAGAAAAUAAGUGGUGGUUUGACACUGCUAGAUUGUACAUAUAUGGUUGAUUGAUUCAUAGGUAGUUUAUCUCUCCUGCGGGUUGUCUGUUGGGUAUUCAUGGCAUACAUUGCGAGCGUGCAUUGUUGCUUGGUUGGUGGGAACUUUGAAGGUUGAUUUAUUGAUGAGGAAGGAAAAGGAUGAUGGAUGUAAGGCAAGGGAAGGUCGGAUUGUGAUGAGGGAUGCGUGGGUUUGGUAGGUUACACAGUUUUGGUAAUUGGGCAUGGAAUACAUAUUAUGUCCCUGUUUUUCUUUUUCCUUUGUGAGGUGGCAAUAUAGUACGUGUUUCGAG